GUUUUCACAAAGAAGAGUAGAGAGGAAACAAAGCCGAGGAGUUCAAAUGGAAGCUCUUAUUGCUUCCGCUUCCUUCUUCCUCCCUUCCUCCAAGUCUUCAUCGGACAUUAUCAGUAACCGAUUCUUCCCUUCUUCUUCUUCUUCUUCUUCUUCUUCUUCUUCUUCUUCUUCUCUCAACAUCAAUUUCGGAACUUUUCGAAAGAGCCAUAUCUCUUCGUUAUCACACCUCGUCUUCUCCUCUUCUGCAAUUUCCGCACCGCUUUCUUCUACUGCUCUUUCCCGAAACACCUAUUGGAUGGUGAUAUUGGAUAAACCUCCGCAAGGGGUUUCUUCUAAAUCCGAUAUCGUAGAUUAUUAUGUUCGGAUUCUCGCCAAAGUGUUGGGCAACGAAAAAGAUGCGCAGAUGAGUAUAUAUGAUGCUUCCUUUGAUACCCAUUUCGGGUUUUGUUGUCAUAUCGACGAACAUACUUCACGCCAGCUCUCUCGUUUACCUGGAGUAGUAUCUGUUAGACCUGAAGCUGAUUACAGUUCAGAGACUAAGAAUUACGGCAUUGGGAAGCAGACAGGUGUUUCCUUGUUUGAUCAUGGGACAGUGAAACACUGGAUGGUCCGUGUAGAUAAGCCAGGAGUUGGGAUUGUUACCAAGGCUCAAAUGGUUGAUCAUUGUGUUCAAUUGCUAUCCAAGGUUUUGUGGAAUGAAAAGGAUGCACAGAUGUGUCUUUAUCAUAUUUCUUGGCAGUCCAAAUUCGGGUUUUGUUGUGAUCUCGAUGAAAAAUGCGCUCAGGAGUUAGCUGGUGUCCCUGGUGUUCUUGCUGUUGUUCCGGAUAACAAUUUUGAGUCACUGAACAAAGACUAUGAAGGCGAUAACAGUACACAAGAUUCUAGAGAUGAUUCAGAGUCUCCUCCUGUUAAGACGAAGAAGCUGUUUAUAACUGGACUGUCCUUCUACACAUCUGAGAAGACACUUCGUGCAGCAUUUGAAGGAUUCGGUGAACUAGUUGAAGUAAAAAUCAUUAUGGACAAGAUAUCCAAGAGAUCAAAAGGUUACGCCUUUAUAGAGUACAAGACAGAGGAAGCCGCAAGCGCUGCACUAAAAGAGAUGAAUGGAAAGAUUAUCAACGGGUGGAUGAUAGUGGUAGAUGUAGCCAAAACUAAACCGUUCAGACACAACAGAAGCCAGACGAGUUCGGAGUUCUAGGAACUAGUUGAAGGUGACAAAGCUGAUGCCUUUUUUUUGUUCAUCCAUGGCUUUGAGAUGCUUCAAACAAAGCGAGAACAUUGAGGCUGGUGUCGUGUUGCAGACUACUAAAUUCAAGCUUGAAGAUGGAAUUGUAUUUUUAGUUUCUUUUGUUUUCUUCUUUGAGCUGCCAAAAUUAUCAGAAUUGGUAUAUAUAGAUUAUAUUAUCCAUUUUCAUUUUAGAGUCUUGAUGAAAAGUCAAUUUUCACUGUCAAAUGUCAAUGAAUAAUUGAAGACAACGCGUAUAUAA